AUGAAGCUGCGCGCUCACCCGUCGGGCUCCUCACAGCCUGCGUAUCCUGCGCCUUCCUCCGCGGACGCCUGCAGGUCAGCCUCUCCCUCGACGUCUUUAUCGUCGUCCUUGUCUUUUCCCUCUCUCCUGUUCACGCGGCGACUUCCCUGCCGCCCUCUCGCUCUCUCUUUCCUACCUCUGGUGACCGUCAUUCAUUCUCUCUGCGCGGCACACGCCCGUCGCUGGAGCCCUGACGGCGCGCGCAUUCCGUCCUCCGCCUUCGCCCUCCCGCUUGCAUCUCCUGAGCUCUUCGGCUCGAGUCUGCCGUACGGUUCUCCGUCUCCGUCCCUGUCGCCGUCUGCCGCUACCUUUCCUUGCGCCUCUCGUCCCUCGCCUUCGCGCGGCUCAUUCACGCCUCUUGCUUCUCUCGAGGCUACGCCUUCAAAAAGUGACGGCGCCUCCGCAUCACCGUCCGCUGACCCUUUUGGCUGGCGCCCUUCGCUCUCAGCUUUCCUUGCGCCGGUGGCGCGCCUCGAAGCAUCCGCGUCGCCUCACGGCUUCUCGCGCGCGUGCCUGUUGCCGAGACAGUGGCCUUCCUUGCCGCGCAGCGCCUCCGGCUGUUUGACGCAAGCGCCUUCCUGCGCGUCUGCUGUGCGCGCCUUUCCGCGGUCUUUGUCGUCGCUCUCGUCGGCGGCGUCAGUUUCUUCCGGGGCUGCCGGCGCCCUAGACUCUUCGGCGGAGGUCAGCUCCGCGUCCACCGAGGAGAAGGAGGAGACGCAUCUUCUUCGGCGAUCUGCUGCCCUUCAGCCUCCUUCUUCGGAUGCCCCCCCUGCUGCAUCUCCUUCUUCUCAUCUGUCGCCUGCGUCUACUCAGUCCCCGUCUCCAGGUCGGCAGGAGCCGCAAAAAGAAGACGAGUGCCCAGCUGAAGCGCGGAGCUCCACGCAGGGCGCUCACGCCCUGCGUGCUCGCGCGUGUUUCGUCUCGGAUCUCUGCGGCAAGGCUUCACCCGCGAUCGCGCAUCUGUCGCGCGUCUCGCUGUCUCUGCUGCGCACUUGGGGGGUGGUGACGAUGCGGCGCAUGGCUGUCGCAGCUUCUCUGCUGUUCCUUGAUGCAUGCGGCGCGGCGGCAGUGCAGCGGGUUUGGGGCGGCGACGCGUCGCCUCGCGCGUCUCCUUCGUCUUCGCUCGUCUCUGCCUCGCCGAGGACUGCGACCUCCUUCACGCUUCUCCCCACUAUAACAGGCGCGUGUUCGCGUCUCGGUUCGCUGGUCCCGUUCUGGCGGUGUGCGGCGCUCGCGCCGGCCUCUGCUUCUGCGCCUCCGGCGGCGCACUCGCGCGCCCUUUCGCGGGUUUCCUCUGUGGCCAAAUCACUUGCGGCUUCGCUCGCCUCCUUUUCCGCUGCGCAGGCCUCCUCUGCGCAGAAGCCCGUUUCGCAGGGGAGGUCUCCGCUGGCGCCGACCUGGGGGUGGCAAGCAGCCGCGGCGUGCGUGACUGCAGGGGGCUGGGCGGUUCUUUGCUGGAAGGCAGAUCGAGCGCGCCGCCUGCGCGAAGGAGAGCGGGCACACGCGAGCGAAGCGCCUGCAGUCGCUGCCUCAGCCGCGGAGCGGUUGCGAGGGACUUCGGCGACUGCGUCGCAGGCUGCGGGGCGGGCUCCACGCGAGACGCAGGACGAGGUCGGCGCGGGAGCGCCGGGCCGCGAGCGCCAGGAGGCGCGCACAGCAGGCGAACGCGAGGCGGCGUCAGUCCGAGGCGCGGAAGAGGAAAGCAGCCGCCAAGGCGGAGAAAGACAGAGGGGCGACACAGCGGCCGAACCUGAGAGCGACCGCGUCGCGUCGCCCGCCUCGGAAAGCAGCACCUCGGCAGCCACCCUCGGCGCCUUGCCGUCGUCACCUUCCUCGACGAGGCUGGCGCUCUUCGCUCUCCCUGCGGGUGUACAUUUAGCUGCGUCUGCUCCGUUCGCGUCUCCUCCGUCUUCGCGUCGGUCUCGCCUCGCUUCUCUCCUUCCUUUCGUCUCCUCGCGGGCGUCUCCUACCGCGUCUCCUUCCUCGCCGGCGGGCGACUCUUUGCCGUCACGUGCGUCCCUGUCCCUCGCUGGCGAGGCACCAGCUACCCCGUCUGCGAGUUGGUUGAGUCGCCUGCGACGCGCAUUGCCGACGGAGAGCUUGGUGUAUGGUUACAUCGGCAGCUCAGCGGCUCAAGCCCAAGUGCAGAGCCUCGUCAUCGCCGGGUCCUUCGUUGUCUUCCUCACCCUGAAGGGCGUCGUGUCCUACUUUCUAGAGCGACACCGCGAGCGGCAGCGCGUUGCUGCUGCGCUGGAAGCCUAUCGACGGGAAGAGGAGGAGUUCGUCAGGUACGGGCCUAAGGGCAAGCCGAAGCCGUCUCCGCGGCCGCCCGCCGCCUCCUCGCGUUCUCCUGGGUCGCGGCGCUCGCCGCCGCCGCGAGGCGAAUAUGACUGA